UCAUAGAUCUCGUCCAAUUAAAGGAACAAAUAUUAUAAACUGUAUUUAUUUUUAAUAUAGCUCGGAUCUUUUUAUUCUAACGAUAACAAAACUCAGAAUCCACUCAGAAUAGCAAUGCCGAUUAGUUAAAAUACUCGUUCUUUACUGGUAGCUAAACAUACACACAAACAUAUGGAACAAAUAUCCGCAUUUCUAUACAUUCAUAAUUUUUUUACGUAUUAAAAACAUUCAUAAAUAAUUAAUGAGUCAGUUGAUUUUAACGAAGGGUAUACAGGUAAGGGUAGAUUAAGGGAGAUUCGUUGUAGGGGUCAUGACUUCGUUCCAAGGGUGGGGAGAGGGCGUGGCUUGAUUUUCCAACUUUUACCGAACUUGAUUUAACAUUCUAUUCCCUUUGAACUUUUAACAAGAAAUAGCGAAAUGUCCGGGAAAGUUUUUGAGACCUCUGAGGAGGUGAGGAGGAAAAACAACAUAACGAAAUUCCUUGAUGGUCUGUUCAAAGAUGAUCAAUCGACUUCAUCCACUUUGGAACUGAACACGGCUUCAUCCUUUACAAAGGUUCAUAAAAAACCGACAGAAGUAUCGAACAAGAAAUGUGUCGUCGCACAGGAACAAAAAAGCUCGACAAGCAGUUACGCCAAGUUAGAAUGUCUAUCAUCUAACGAGCUCCGGGCACUUAGGGCCCACCCUGAAAUUCUACAAAAGAACUUAGAGAAAUUAUUAAUAUUGCCCAUGUCUAUACAUAAUUUGAAACAAAAUGACACGCUAGUAAGGUUAUACACAGGCAUACCGAAUGCCGAAGCUUUUUUCAAUUUGGCGGCUAUGUUUUCUAAGGGAAGUAUUUCAUACUACCAUGGCUGGGUGGUGGGUCAACUGACCAUCAAGCAACAGCUGCUGAUGACAUUGGUCAAAUUGAGGCUGAACCUAUCUGAUAUUCACUUAUCACACAGGUUUACGUGUUCAAUGGCCACCGUGACAAACACGCUGUACACCUGGAUACAUGCUCUCCAGGAAAAACUGUACGAUACAGCUGUCACGAUGUUUGGAAGCCUGAGAGACCCGUAUUUAUUCGACGGGCUUAUGGUGCUCCAGACCGUGUCAGUUUACAGAAAAGCUCCUGACAACCCGCAUCUACCUCACAAGACGCCUCCGGAGCCUUACACAACAGUUCUACUUUCCACGGCCGAUGGGACCGUUAUAUAUACAGGCGAAUUGUUUCGGUGGAAAGGACGUAAAGACGAUAUUGUCCAGUACUGCGGUGUUCUGGAGACGCUAAUGCCUGGUGACGUCAUCGCAGUCAACGGAGACGCUAUUAUCAAUCUUCCCGUUGGGGUGAAGACGAGAAAUAUCGACUUAGGCCUGGUGCGAUUGAAGAAAAGCCGAGAUGAUCUGAAACGGCGUUUGAUGGAAUGGGACGUGGUGAAAGCCAUUCCGCCAUCACUCGGGGAUUGCUCGUCGAAUUUAUGGAAAGUUGUGGUCUCAUUGACUAAUUACAUCCAUUUCAAUGAUUUUUGACGUAAGAACAAAGAAUCCUAAGACAUAAGUAGGCAACGCUCCGGAAUUCUACAAACACCAAGAAUCUCGACGAUCUAUGAGAGGAAAUAUCCGCAAAGAGCAGGCAGUUCAGUUUGUUCAUUAUAUUUUUGCACGUCCAGUUGGAUCGCCGACCACUGUUAUUUAGACUAAUA